CAAAGGGUAUCUUUAUACUGAAUAUCAGAAAUUAGAGAAAAUGACAUACAACCCUAAUUCACCUGCGAGUCUUGACCUCCGUGCCCUUGCUGUGCAUAAUAAGAGGAAGAAAGCAAUGCGAGAACCCAAGAUUAAUAAGUCUGAAGAACUUCCACUAGAAACAAUUAGAGAGAAAUAGGUUUAGAAUACUAAACGGAAAUGGUAGAAAGAAACCCCAAAAUUUUGAAGAAAACAGCUAUAACUACACUCGGAAUUGAGAGAAUUCCAAGAAUAAUAGAUGAAACAAGAGCACAUUGUUUCAGAACUACUCCUAUCACUACCAUAAACAGGCAAAGCAAAGGAGUUCGAAUACCAUCAACAAGUCCUUUACUGAAAAGAAGUCUAAUCCUCACAGAAGCUUCAUAAAACCCGCAUUGAAGCCUGUAUUGAGCUAUGACUCGAGGGACGUGCCAACGUCCCGUCAGAGCAUUGCUAAAAAGUCUUUCUGAGAGAACAAGAAAUUACACAGUAAGGCCAAGAAUGGAAGUAUCCACAAAAGAAAAAUCAAAAAUUAUAAAUUAAAAGAAAUUAGUCGAUAUGAGAGGAAGAAAAUUUAAUCAUCUCUUAGUGAACCAGAAAAGAGUUCAGAGGAAGGUAAGCAAGGGUAGCAGCAAGGAUCAGAGGAUGAAUAGCCAUAUGGAUGAAGAUCAGUGAAAUUUGGUCGAUGCAGGCUCUUGAGAAGGCAUCCAGAGUAACCCUAAGGAGUUAAAACUUGGCAGAGGGACUAUUACCUGAAGGCACAUUGGGAGAAAUGACUUAAGCAAAGAGAUUCUUGCUACUGAACCUUGAACUAAUAAUUUCAAUGAAGAGAUUGGAAGAGAAAUCAUCUCUGAAAUCAUAAAUACGGAUGACAUAAGCAUGGAAGAGGAGAAAUCUCAUCUUUGUAAAUCAAGCAUUAGAAAGAAAUGCAAACGCGAGCUUUCAAUGAAUUCCGACGCACAAAUGGAGUCUGAAGAUAUUCUUCAAGGCAGAGUACUCAAUUUUUCAAAAUAACAGUUUCUGGAGUUUUCAGAAUAAUAAGAAUUUGAAGAAGACGAGGAAACCAUUACAGUUAAGAUACAUGAGGAACUAUGGAGAGAUGCUCCUCGAGCGGUACCUUCUCCGAGAGAAAGAUAUACGUGACCCUUUGCUAGGACACAGCAUUUCUCGACAGACUAGAGGGAAGGUUGCGAAAUGGAUCAGAAAUGUCUGAGAGUCACUGAAAACCACUCAAACUUGCCCCAGGCUCUACAGUCUAGCAAUGUACAUUUUCGAUUAUCUCCUCUGGUCUCAGCAAGGUAAAGAUUCGAUAACGAACCAGAACAUUCACUUGAUUUCAGUUGUGAGUAUUUUCAUGGCAUCAAAAUUUGAAGAAGUUGAGCCACUCAAGUUAAAAUAUGUUUACAAGAACAUUGCACACAAGGAGUUCAGUAAGAAUAAGAUCAUUAUCACUGAGCGUAAUAUACUAAAAAUAAUAUCCACUCUAUCAUUUGUGAUUGCUUAUGACUUUGUGGCCCUGAUAACAGAAAAUUUGCAGACCUUUACACCGGAAGAAGAGGCUAUCUUGAAGCUUUUCAUCGAGCAGUGAAAUCAUAGAUUAGAAGAGUGUAUCAUUCAUCCCUAUUUGAGUCAGUUUAAGCCAUCCACAUUGUCAAUUAUUUGCCUCAACCUGGCCCUUAACGAGUUUGCACAAAAGACAACCUAUUUGGAAGAUGUAGAUAAGGAGAAUAUUAAUAUUUCCAACCAGGAGCAAUCAGGCAACGCUAGAAGUGAGUAUCUGAAGUGCAGGGUCCCCUUUACAAAAAUUAGACAUAACCGUAGCAGGCCAGUUAACUCUUUAGAGCGGUUGAAAGAAGAGUUAAGAAUUCGGGCAACCUCGAAUUGCGCAUAUUUGGCUCCUAAGAAAACUCAAAAUUCUUCAAAUUGUCUUAAGAAAAAGUUGGUAAGGAGGUGGAGAAGCCAGAUUAGUAAAUUAGAGGAAUAUGGCAUGACAAUGCCCGAUAUUGAACGAAUUAUCUAAACCUCUAAGUUUAUGGACAUUUCUGGCCAUCCAGAUUUCCAUAAUUAGCUUUCAAAAUUAAUUUCAAGUUAAAUAUUU